GAAGACGUACGGACGGCCUGACAUCCCAGCCCACCAGCUAGCCAGCCUGAGCCUGGCCACUGCCCCUCCCCAGGCAUGUCCACCAUGCGGUCCCUGUGGCUCCUCGCAGCUCUGCUGGCCCUGAGCCAGGCCCUACCCUUUGAGCAGAAGGGCUUCUGGGACUUCACCCUGGACGACGGGCUGCUCAUGAUGAACGACGAGGAGGCUUCGGGUGCCGACACAAUCUCGGGCGUCCCGGACCUGGACUCCCUCACACGCACCUUCAGUGCCAUGUGUCCUUUCGGCUGCCACUGCCACCUGCGGGUUGUUCAGUGCUCUGACCUGGGUCUGAAGGCUGUACCCAAAGAGAUCUCACCUGACACCACACUGCUGGACCUGCAGAACAACGACAUCUCCGAGCUCCGCAAGGAUGACUUCAAAGGUCUCCAGCACCUCUAUGCCCUCGUGCUGGUUAACAACAAGAUCUCGAAGAUCCAUGAGAAGGCCUUCAGCCCCCUGCGGAAGCUGCAGAAGCUCUACAUCUCCAAGAACCACCUGGCAGAGAUACCCCCCAGCCUGCCCAGCUCCCUGGUGGAGCUCCGCAUCCAUGACAACCGCAUCCGCAAGGUGCCCAAGGGUGUGUUCAGCGGGCUCUGGAACAUGAACUGCAUCGAGAUGGGUGGAAACCCUCUGGAGAACAGUGGCUUUGAACCUGGAGCCUUUGAUGGCCUGAAGCUCAACUACCUGCGCAUCUCAGAGGCCAAGCUCACUGGCAUCCCCAAAGAUCUCCCCGAGACCCUAAAUGAGCUCCAUCUGGACCACAACAAAAUCCAAGCUAUUGAGCUGGAGGAUCUGCUCCGCUACUCCAAGCUGUACAGGCUGGGCCUGGGCCACAACCAGAUCCGGAUGAUUGAGAACGGGAGCCUGAGCUUCCUGCCCACACUGCGGGAGCUGCACCUGGACAACAACAAGCUGUCCAGGGUGCCCGCGGGGCUCCCGGACCUCAAGCUCCUCCAGGUGGUCUAUCUGCACUCCAACAACAUCACCAAGGUGGGCGUCAACGACUUCUGCCCCGUGGGCUUCGGGGUCAAGCGGGCCUACUACAACGGCAUCAGCCUCUUCAACAACCCCGUGCCCUACUGGGAGGUGCAGCCAGCCACCUUCCGCUGCGUCACCGACCGCCUGGCCAUCCAGUUUGGCAACUACAAAAAGUAGAGGCAGCGGCAGCCAGCGCAGUGGCCGGUGGCCGCGGCGGGCGUCUCUGGGGAGCACGGCCUGAGGUCCUGCAGGGGAGGCACCGCCCCCUCACGGCCUGGUCCCCGUCCCCUGCCCCUCAGCUUCACGGCUGCCCCGGCUCGCCCACCACCGCUGCUCAGAGACACCCCUACGAAGCUUUUCCUCAUUGACCCAAAGCCCAGCGUCCGCGGCUCCAGUCCCAGGAAUGCGGCCCACGGGUGUGUGGGCGGGACAGGGUUGUCAGCAGGGCCUUCCUCCUCCUCCUCUGCUUCCAGGCUUCCAGCCCCUGGGCCCCUCCAGCUCCCCGCAGCCUCUCGUGCCCCCUUCGGCCAGUCCCUGGCCUGUCCAUCCAGCCACCCUGCUCUGCCGGCUGCUGGACGCCAAUGCUCUGCUCUCGCUCCCCCCAGCCCAUCUCUCGCCGUCUCUCUCUGUGCCUGCCUUGUGCUUCCUCCGAUCUUUCUCACUUCUGGGCUUAGUGACCUGUCCUUCCUUCAUCUUUCUGGACCUGGCUUCAUCCUCUUCUCUACACACACACACACACACACACACACACACGUGCACACACGCACACACGUGCAUGCACACACACACAUCUUGACCCUCUGCUUUGGGCUGGGUCUGCUUUCUGUCUCACUAGCCUCUGCCCAGCCCCUGCCCAAGCAAGCCCAGGGUGGCUGCCUCCCAGCCUGCCCUGGCCAGGCCUUACCCCUAAGCCCAGGCACUCCUGGAAAGGCUGGAGGUGGAGACCCAGCACCUGCACAGAUGGCCCCGGGGAUGGCCACGCUCCAUUAUCAAGAGGGGAGCCUUUGGCCCUGCAGACCCUGGGGCUCCCUGCCCCUGGGAGAGGCCAGCACCCCACCAGAGCCCCAGCUCCCUGUUUUCAUUGGCCCCACCCUCCCCGUCAAUGGCUAGGUCUCCCCACCCCUCGCCUUCCAGUCCCUGCUGCAGGGGCUGCAAG